CACGAAUUUAAUGACGUCAUAUCUGAACUGCUCGGGAGAAAAUGAUGUGCCUCCUCUUGGGUGUUGUUCUUUCCUCAGUCGACGCGUCGUUCAUUCUCUGAACGUGCCAUGGACUCUGACACUAAACCAGAAGGCUUGCUGGAAGCCAUUCUCAGUCCAUGGGAAGGAUGGAUUUUGAGAAUACAGAGUUUAUUAAUAUGGGAGAAACCGCGAUGGGCUAUAGUUUGGUUAUGUUUAAUUCAUCUUCUAUUUUGGUUCUUCUACAACAUACCCCUUAAUUUCUAUUCAUUUUGCUGUUGUUCUGUCAUAGUUCUUUUCAUCCUUGAUCUUUUAAUAAAUAAAAUUUGGAAGAAAAUAACAUCCGUCUUCCUUAGAAUCAGAACCAGAUUUUGUAAUAGAUUUAAAAUCAAAGUUCCGGAGAGUCAGGUUUCUGUCCAAUCUCACUUACUCACUGUGCCUGAAUUGUGCCAGCACUUUAACCAAUCUAUGUCUUGUAUACAAUCAACUUUGCGUCGAUGGCUGAAUUUUCGAAGGGAGCAUCCAUUGCGUUUUUGUCUAACAAAUACUUAUAUAUGUAUGAACUUGGCAAUAGUAGGGUGCUAUGUACCUGGCAUUAUCGUAUCAUACAUAAUAGGUAUAAUAUUUUUAUUAUGUCCACCUGUAAUAUAUUAUCGUGUGCCUCAGAGAUUCAGACAGAAACUUGAACCAGUCACCAGCAGGAUUAUGUAUGUGAUGUCAUUCUUCAGUAUUUUUUGGACUAUUAUCCGUGCAAUCAGAGGUGAUGGCUGCACUACUGAAAAUGAAAUUAAUUCACAUGUGGGACUGCCUUCUGAUGAAAUUAAGAUGAGUGAUUUAUAUCCCGAAGCUGACCCUACAGCACUGUCUACAACAGCAACUGAGAGUGAGGGUGAAAGGACUCCAGAUCAUCUGACACCAGCUCUUUCUGAAAACCACUCAAUUGAGAAUAGUGAUGAUGACCAUGAAACUGAUAUAGAGCAAGAUUUGGCUGAAGGUCUUGGAGAAGAGAUGCCCUCAUUUGAUGACCACACUGAUGAUGAAUUGCUAGAUAACAAAUCAUCAGAUGUAAUUCAGUUUGUGCCAACACACUUUGAUUCUGAUUCUGAUGAUGGAGAAUUUGGUUUAGAUACAAGAACUGGUGGUACAUCACAAAAAGAUAAUAGUGUAGACAUUGAACGGGAUAUUGCAGAAAAUAUUGUAGCACAAGCAAUGGGAUCCAUGAUGAAAAUGGCUUUAAAGGGUCUCUCAAAUCCUGAGGCACUUGGUCCAGAUCAGCAAAUGUCAGAUGAAGAGAAUGAACUACAUGAGUAUGAAACUGCAACAGUUAAACGAAGAAGGAAAGUUCGACCAACAGCUACACAAGAUUAUACAGAACAUAGUGACACAGAGUUGGCUGAUGACUUUGAGUUCCUUGAUUCAACAGAGCUUGAUGACCACUGACAAAUAUUAUAAACAAAUGCCACAACAAUUUAAAUUACAACACCCAGAUGACAGCAUCUUGUGAUAAAUUUCAUGCUUUGUUGAUAUGUAUUUAAACCAUGUAUAUACAUAUAUAUAUUAACAUGUUGUGUGUAUAUAUACACAUGCACCUAAAACCAUGUAUAUAUGUACAUGUAUGUAUAGUUGUGAAUAUAUAUUUUUGCGUAUGUGCAUGUACAGGUGUGUAUUCUCAUACAUGUUAAACAAAAUGAAAGAAAAUUUGCUUUUCCAAUUACCAAAUGGUGACUAUUUUUUAAAAGCAGCUAUCAAAUUCACCUGGGAAAAAAAUCCCCAUUUAUUUUUAAUGUAAGAUAUGAACUUUUCCCUGUUGUACAUGAUAAUACCUUUUCUUAAUGUUUUUCAAAUAAUUUCAAGUUGGGCAUUUUCACUUAAAAUAAUUUUUUAAAAUUGUAAAUAGAUUUUUAAAAUGAACUUUAUUAUUAAUGAAAAUAUGCAAUGUAUAUUUAAGUUUGAAAUUUAUAAGGAAAGGACUCGUCUUCAAUUCAGAUUUCACUCUGAGUGAACCUUUUUGGAAGAUUGUGAAGUGUUAUUCAGCAUCAAAACCUAAUAACACUAGUGAGGAAAUUAUAAUUUAAAUCCUAUUCCUAUUGUCAUUGGACUGGCAUAAAAUUCAAGCAUCUACCUUUGGAGUGAAAUCUCAGUUUGUUAGGACCUUGUUAUUGAAGUUGAUUACAUAGCCAAAAUAAAACAGCUGUCAGUCCUGAACUUUUAAUUUUAAUAUCCCUGGCACAAUAGCUUUUGGAAUAAUAAUUUUAUUGUAAGAAAGGUGAUAACCAGUGUUAGUCACUCACUCUUAUGCAUUGUUGCUGAUCCUAUUUUGUAAGAUGUUUCUCCAAAUUGUGAAGAUUUUGUUAUCCUUUCUGGAGAUUUAAAAGUACUAACACUAAUCUUCUCUCCAUUCGGUUUAUUUUUAACUUCAUAAACAAUAUAUAUAUAUGUUUGUGAGAAGAUGGGUAAGCACAUGAAAGAAAUGAGAAAGCUAGUAUCUUAAUAUGGCCUUGUGUAACCUCUCAGAAAAGUUAAAUAAUUAUCAUGGUAGUAUUUGCCAAUAGUUCAAAAUACUUUCUAAAGUUAGAUUUAAUAACUUUUUGAAUGUAAUUUCUAUAAAUAAAAUGUAAAGUUUCUGCUGUAAGACAAAUAUAGACAUUUCUCUAACAUACUUGCCAUAGCCAACUAUCUCUAUACAUGUCUAUGUAUCAACAUAUAAGCUUCCUUAUUCACCUUACCAUUGAGCUAUUUAAAUUUCAUCUCCCAAAAAUUAUUUCAAUCUACAUUAGGUUUAUUUUCUAUAAACAAAAUUACUUGGCCAUGGUUUCAAGCCAUUUUUGUAGAAAAUGCAUUUGUUUUGUCAAUUAAAAUAAGGAUAAGGCAGAUAUAUACAUACUCUUUGUACUGUUUUGGGAAAUAAUUGUUUACUAUUUCAGACUUAGUCAACCAUCUUAUGAAUUUAAAAAGGCCUUAUUAGAUGAAUUUAUGUAGAAGAUAGCACUUUAAUUAUCUACUGUUGAUUAACAAAACGUAUUGUGAUACCUUUGCAAAGAAAAAUAAAUAAAUAAAAAAAAUGACUUGAUUUC